AACAUUCAAUCAAACUGAAAGAAAGGCGAAGCGCUCUUCAAUGGGGUCCCCCGUUUCCCGCCAUUUUUGUUAAAAAAAAAAAAAAAAAAAAAAAAAAAAAUUUGGGCCAGGAUUGUGUGUGUGUGUGUGUGUGUGUGUGUGUGUGUGUGUGUCUCUCUCUCUCUCUCUCUCUCUCUCUCUCUCUCUCUCUCUCUCUCUCUCUCUCUGUCGCUGUGUCUCUGUCGCUGUGUCUCUGUCUCUGUGUCUCUGUCUCUGACCUUCUUUUUAUCCACAGCCCUGGAAAACUUGGAAGAGUGGCUUCCGGGAGCACCCGCGGGUACCCGGCCUAGAGUGCACAGAGUGUGUGUCGGGCCCCCACCUCUGACUUCCAUACGAUUCUGGUUUCUCUUCAUUACGCACAAGCCUUUCGCCUUUUACUAAAGACUUCCGUGGAGAGGAACACUUACGAGUUCAACGUAUUUUUGGAGGGGCUUUGCUUCUUUGCAGAGCCCGCUAUCUUGUUUCAAGAGAAAUUGACUGACAGACAGAGGUGGGCCAGGAUAGUGACUUAAAGAUACAUUAGCGACUUUUUCCAAAAAACACAUGCCAGUGACUGACUGAGUGAGUGAGUGAGUGAGUGAGUGAGUGAGUGACUGAGUGACUGAGUGACUGAGUGACUGAGGGAGGGAGGAGCCGCCGGCUUUUGCCUACCCGCUGAGGUCUGUCGAGACCCCCGGGGGCCCGGCGGUUGCAGGGUUCCAUUUGUGGGUUAUCGCUUCUCGGCCUUUUGGCUCAGAUCAAGUGUAGUAUCUGUUCUUAUCAGUUUAAUAUCUGAUACGUCCCCCAUCGGGGGACUACAUAUUAAAUGGAUUUUUCGAACAGGGAGUCGGAAAUGGGGCUUGCUCCGUCCGCUCCACGCAUCGACCCGGUAUUGCAGUACCUCCGGGAACGGUGCAACACUUUUCUCCCGUUGUCAAGGAAAAAUGCUCAUUCGCAAAGCUAUGUAAACAGCUAGCUAACAGCUAGCUAGCUGCUAGCUAGCUAGCUAGCAUAAGAAGAGAAGAAGGAAAGAAACAUUCAAUCAAACUGAAAGAAAGGCGAAGCGCUCUUCAAUGGGGUCCCCCGUUUCCCGCCAUUUUUGUUAAAAAAAAAAAAAAAAAAAAAAAAAAAAAAAAUUGGGCCAGGAUUGUGUGUGUGUGUGUGUGUGUGUGUGUGUGUGUGUGUCUCUCUCUCUCUCUCUCUCUCUCUCUCUCUCUCUCUCUGUCUCUGUCGCUGUGUCUCUGUCGCUGUGUCUCUGUCUCUGUGUCUCUGUCUCUGUGUCUCUGACCUUCUUUUUAUCCACAGCCCUGGAAAACUUGGAAGAGUGGCUUCCGGGAGCACCCGCGGGUACCCGGCCUAGAGUGCACAGAGUGUGUGUCGGGCCCCCACCUCUGACUUCCAUACGAUUCUGGUUUCUCUUCAUUACGCACAAGCCUUUCGCCUUUUACUAAAGACUUCCGUGGAGAGGAACACUUACGAGUUCAACGUAUUUUUGGAGGGGCUUUGCUUCUUUGCAGAGCCCGCUAUCUUGUUUCAAGAGAAAUUGACUGACAGACAGAGGUGGGCCAGGAUAGUGACUUAAAGAUACAUUAGCGACUUUUUCCAAAAAACACAUGCCAGUGACUGACUGACUGAGUGAGUGAGUGAGUGAGUGAGUGAGUGACUGAGUGACUGAGUGACUGAGGGAGGGAGGAGCCGCCGGCUUUUGCCUACCCGCUGAGGUCUGUCGAGACCCCCGGGGGCCCGGCGGUUGCAGGGUUCCAUUUGUGGGUUAUCGCUUCUCGGCCUUUUGGCUCAGAUCAAGCUUGGUACCCAGGUGCCUCAAAGCCCGCUGAGUCAGAAGGUCGAAGGUAGGAUAGGAGGGAGGAUUUUUGAGAGAAGGUUUUGGAGGGAAUUUUCCAGACUUUUUCAUUUUGGUGUUUGGCUUCUGAGUAAGAGAGCCUUUUUUUUAAAAAUGGAGCAACAGAAGAAAAACCGGGCGGUGCCUACAAUAGGGUUGGCAAACACAGUAAGGUUUGCGUGGAUUGAAAAAGAGAGGGAGCCGUGGGGAAGAGAGACUUUUGGACGGAAUAUUUUGAUGGGGUACCUAAAGCUACAGGUAAAGGAAGUACUUUGUUUGCAGGGGAACCCGUUAGAAAAGGCGUUUGAUGUGACGUUAUACACGGAGGAGAGGCAUGAUGGAAUAAUGAAGAAGGUGAGGGAGGAGAAAGAAGAAGGACCCCUGUGCCAUUACGCGGUGACCAGCCUGGCCAGGAACAACUUCAGGGUGGUCACCGUGACCAUGUACAAUCCGCACGUAAAGGAUGAAGAAGUGAGGGCCUUUCUGGGGAGAUACAUGGAAAAUGUCUCCUCGGCAAGGCACCUCAGGGACUCCCUGGGUUUCUGGAACGGAAAGAGAGGGUUCCAGGCGUUACUCAGGGAGUCCCCGAAGAGUGUUGAUGGCUACCUCCAUCCUCCGGCAAUGUUCUCCCUGGGGGCUGACAGGGGAACACUCUACUAUGCACGUCAGCCCCCGUUCUGCAGGCGUUGUAUGGCCUACGGCCAUACCCUGGCCUCGUGCAGCAUCAAGAGGUGUCGAUUUUGUGGGUCAGAAGGGCACGAGGCCAGGGAAUGUGACGAGCCCAAGGCAUGCCAUUGGUGUGGAGCAAAAGAUCACCUGUGGCGUGAUUGCCUGGCUCGUCACAGGUCAUACGCGUCUGCAGCUGGGGGCGGAGCGGGGGAUGGGGGGAGUAAAGAAAGGCCGCGUGCGGAUUGUACGGAUGGCACAGGGGAAAAGAAGGCACGGGAAGAGGAUGUGAAGAAGGAAGAGGAAAGAAGAAAAAGGCGGGAAGAAGGAAAGAGUGGAAAAGAAGAGGAGAAGAAGGCGGAAGAACGGGAAGGAGCCUGUGGAGACCUGAGGGGGAGAGUGGACAGUAUUGAGAAAAGGAGGGGUGCCUGA